CCCCGCCAUACGCAGCCACUCUUACCCUUGACACAAGUCUACACGUUCACCAACCUAGACCUUUUUAAAGAUUGUCCAAAAUGCCUCGGAAACGAUGGAUUGACAAGAACCAGGCCCAGACCUUCCAACUUCUUUACCGUCCACAAAAUGACCCGUCGUUACACGAUGAGACUGCUGGCGAGCGGGCGCUCUACCCUGUUUCGGGUCCAGUCCCAGCCUCGCGGAAGACUGAGCAGAAAGCUGGUUUACACUUGACCGACCUGGAAGAUGAUCUGGAUUUUGAGAGCAUGCGCGAGAACGAGGGCGAGGCGGCAGAGUACGGAGUUUACUUCGACGACACGAAUUAUGAUUACAUGCAACAUUUGCGAGAUAUCGGAGAAGGCGGUGGAGAGUCACAUUUCAUGGAGGCUGCUCCUGUAAAGGUGCAGGGCAAGGGCAAAGGGAAGGCAAAAACAAUGAAACUGGAAGAUGCACUCAGGGAAGUAUCGCUGGAUGACACUCAGAGUGUGGUCGGCAGUGAGAUGUUAUCGACUUUGUCCACAUCAACAAGGCCUGCGACGUACCAGAAUCAGCAGGAUGUUCCGGAUGAGAUUGCUGGAUUCCAACCUGACAUGGACCCUCGACUACGAGAAGUACUGGAGGCCUUGGACGAUGACGCUUAUGUGGACGAGAAGGACGAGGAAGAUAUGUUUGCAGCUCUUGCAAAAGAAGGACAGUUUGGAGAAUUAGAGUUGGCUGAAUUUGAAGCAAAUUUCGAGGAUGAAGAUGACGACGGAUGGGAGUCAGACGCAACAGAGAAGGCUCCUGCCCAGCCCGCUCAACUGCCCAUGAGGACAUCGUUUCCAACUGCCGCCGGAGCUGAAUUAGUGAACGAGGACGGUUCUCUAGAUGCCGAAGCUGCGGCAGCUGAAGAUGGAGACUGGCUGAAAGAGUUCGCCAAAUUCAAGAGAGACAACACAAGGAGACCUGAGCCAAAAACAGCAGAUUCCAUCAUCGCGGCGUCUGCAGUACAGGAUAAAGCCCCGACGCUUUACACACUGAACGGUACACCUCUGCGCCAGAAGAAGCGCAAAGGUGCCUUGACCAACCCCAGUGCAUAUUCAAUGACAUCUUCCUCUUUGGCAAGGACCGAUGGACAACAAUUGCUGGAUGCACGAUUCGAUCAGGUCGAAAAGAUGUACUCUUUGGACGAGGCUGACGAGUUUGAUGACAUGGACGGCGGAAUGUCGCUAGCAUCGGGCAUGACUGGCCAAUCGAAAAUGUCCCAACUCUCGACAACCAGCUUCGCAGAUGAGGGUGCUGUUCGACAAGAUUUUGGCGGCAUGAUGGACGAUUUCCUAGGUCAUUGGAACAAAGCAAACCCAGGAGGCAAACGGAAAGGUGCAAAGGGCAAAAGAGGGAAGAACGGCAAUGAAAAAUACGGCCUCCAGCAGCUCGACGAAGUGCGAGCAGAACUCGGACCUGCCAGGGUAUAUUCGCGCCCGACAAAAGCAUGAAAUGGUCAGGCUAAUGGUGUUUUUCGAGAUUGAAUUUUGUCGUGGCAUUCGAAGAUACCCCCUUUGUGCAAUAUAAACCUGUUUGUCGUUCUUCAAGCAAAGCCCUUCUGAAACGCCCUGUGCGUGCAUCUGUACCAAAUUCAACGUUGUAACAUUGUUUUUAUGCCUUUGGCUCGAAUUCGCCGCCUUCCUGAAUGUCUCCAAAGUUGGGCAAACGGAC